AUGGAAAACCAAACCACUGUGACUGAGUUUAUUCUCUUAGGACUUUCCAGUGACCCGCAACUCCAAAUUUUACUGUUCCUUGUGUUUUUGGUGAUAUACCUAAUCACUCUAGCGGGAAACGCAGUUAUCAUGUUGGUGAUACGAAUUGAUUCUCAUCUUCAUACCCCCAUGUAUUUCUUCCUGUCUCAUCUAUCCAUUGUUGAUCUCUGCUAUUCCUCAGCCAUUGUCCCUAAGAUGCUGGUGAAUUUACUAGCAAUGCAUAAAACUAUUUCUGCCAAUGCUUGUUUUACCCAGAUGUUCUUCAUCUUUCUCUCAGGCACUGGUGAAACAUUCAUGCUCUCAAUAAUGGCUUACGACCGGUAUGCUGCCAUAUGUAAACCCCUGCAUUAUGUGAGGACUAUGAACAAAAAAAUGUGUAGGCAGCUCGUGGGUGUUGCCUGGACAAUGAGUUUUAUUGAUUCAUUGGUAAAUACAGUUCUGAUAUUAAAGUUGCACUUUUGUGGGUCCAAUGAAAUUAUGCAUUUUAGCUGUGAGCUUCCCCCACUGCUAAUGCUGUCAUGCACUGAGACUUUCAAAAACAAAAUAACUCUUGUUUCCUCUGUCCUUUUCAUUGGUGUUUGCACUUCUCUCAUCAUGUUGGUUUCUUACACCCAUAUCAUCUCCACCAUCUUGAGGAUACGCUCCGCAGAGGGUAGGAGAAAAGCCUUCUCCACUUGCAGCUCCCAUCUCAUCGUGGUGGGUUUAUUGUACGGAACAGCUCUUUUUCAGUACAUGAAACCAAGCUCCAUUUCUUCUGUGAUCCUAGAUCAAGUUUUCUCCAUCCAGUACAGCAUUGUAACCCCCAUGUUAAACCCCAUUAUCUAUAGUCUGAAAAAUAAAGAAGUGAAAACAGCCUUGGGGAGAAUUUUCAAAAAAAAAUCCAGUUCUCAACUGUUGUAG